AUGGCACGAAGAAAUCACACGACCGUCUUGUGUCUGCCUCCACACUGCAGUCAUGGACUGCAACCUUUGGACGUGUUUUUUAUGGGUCCUUUGAAUAAGUAUUACAUCCGUGCAGUUGAGAAGUAUCUUCGCAAUAACCCAGGAAGAGCCUUGACUGUGUUCCAAUUCAGCAAACUUUUUGGCGAAGCAUACAGCGAGGCAGCACAACAAUCCAUCGCAAUCAAUGGAUUUCGUAAAUGUGGGGUAGAACCAAUGGAUCGCCACGUAUUCAAAGAUUAUGAUUUUGUGCCAGCAGACACAACAGAUAACAUUCUUCUUGAGCAGGAACUACAACAAAAUGAAGCUAAUAAUGAGAAUGAGACACCUCAAAGAGUAGAGUCUCCAUCUAUUCUACAAAUUACGCCACCAACAUUGGAUCAGGAAGAAAAUAUUAAUGUAACGCUACCAGUUACUUCGCCAAUAUUGAACCCUUACAUAGACCUACAACCCAGCACAUCCUUCGCGGUAGCGCCUGAAGACUUAUUUCCGAUUGGCUAA